CACCGGCACACAAACGGCAUGGACGUCGCUGUUAUUUUUACUUAGUCUCGUGGAACGAGUAUAAUUGCCAAGUAUUUUUAAUAACAGCAAAAUGGUCGCCAUCUACAUGCGAAUGCUGGGUUACACCGUGACCUUGGCAAUGCAUGUUAUCAACACGUAUGUGAUGACCAGCUUUCUUCAGGGUCCAGUCAUGGAAGACCCUAACAUUAGGACCUUCACCGCGAUGUAUAAAAGAUUCUUCACUGUCUGGACUACGUUCCUCCAAAUCUUCGUGGCAUCGCUGGGUCUGACGUCUGACUACCUCACGCUAAAGUACUCCAACAAGGAAGAACCUCAUUGGCUGAUGGUUAUGAGGAGUAUGAAGAAUCGUCUCUUCGCUGCUGUACUCUGGCCUACGGUUUUUCUCACCUCCACCCUAUUCUGGUCUCUGUACCACUAUGACCGCAGCCUGAUCUACCCGACCUUCGCGGACAAGAUCCUCAGCAGCGGCACCAACCACGUCCUCCACACGGCCGUCAUCCCCCUCGUGGUGUGGGAGGUGGUCUUCCAGCCGAGGAGCGUGCCGACAAGUCAUACGAUCAACGUUUCCAUGCUGUCGGUGUAUAUGUUCACCUAUUUAUUUGUAAUGUACUACACCUACGUAGAAAAAGGCAUCUGGAUGUAUUCCAUAUUCGGCAUCGCGUACGACACUCAUAUUUGCUUCCCCCUCAUUAUAUCUUUCAUUGGAGUUAUGUUAUACAUAUAUUAUCACAUGCAGUGGUUCUUAACCCAGAUAGUUUGGGAACCGCAGGCUAAAAUAAAAAUUUAACAUGUCACAACAGGCAAGUGACAGUCUCACCCCGUUUUAACAUUGUCUUAACAUGUUGUUAAGGCAAUGUUAAAACGGGGUGACUUUGAACAUGAUGUUGGCAAAGUUGAGCGUUAAAAUGGGGUUACUUCGAGUAAUGAGACGCUUUGUAUUUUUAAGACAAUGUUAAAACGGGGCGACUUUGAACGUUAGCAAUGGUGUUGAGGCAGCGUUAAAAUGGGGUGUUUUCGAAAAAGUAAUGGGACGCUUUAAUUAUAAAAUAACUGUAAAAACAAGAACUAUUUUGAUAAAAUGGGAAUAUUUUAGGCAUUAUUUGGUCUUGUGUAGACAUUAUGGGCCCCAUGCAUGAACUAUAGGGGGCAUAGGAGCCGUCAGAUUUUUGGCGCGAGGCGUAAAUGUGUCGUUUAUGCUUCCGAUGUAGCCCACAAGAUGGCAUAACCUACUAUGCUCAAGGAAACGUACCGACGAGAACGGUAGAUGGUAGCACUUGCUUUGGCAAUAUACAUGUGCACAUAUGUUUCCGAUUCAGGCCACAAGAUGGCAGAAGUUAUUGAAAUAGUUUAUGCUUUUUCAGUUUCAAGUUAAUUAUGUUUAUGUGUGACAUUAAGGUCAAAAUAUUUAUUAAUUUAUUAUCCACAAAGUGAUCAAAAAAUAUAUAUAAGUAUAAACAUUUAACAUAUAUAAUAUAAUUAAUAUAACAUGUUAAUAAGGAUGUACAGAUUCUGAUAACCGGGUGUUUAACAUUCCUUUUCCAUUUUCGCCCCUUACUGUGAUGAUUUAUUAAAUACAAGUAAGAUUAUUUAAAGAAAAUAUUGUUACGGAUAACGUUAAGUUAUUAUUAAAUAAAUGUUAACAAAAAGUG